AAGAAUACGCCACGGUUGUUGGUUAGAACGUUUCGGCUCCCAUCGAUAUCACAGCAAUAAUUUUAAAGGAUCUCUGGAGUCCGGUAACUGCAGCGAGCUAGGGAAGUCUUUUAGGACCGCUGUCACAAGCUAUGUUCCAUUUUAGAGACUAGGGUAUAUUUUAAGAGAUACAAGUUCUACAAGCCAUAAAUAAGACACUUGUUUUACGGUUAACAUAAGGCGACAGUGUUUCACAACUUUUACAGCGCAGAAUGCCUGUGAAAGGAGGCGGAAGAGUGGCUGCGUAUCCAGGCAAGGGCGAACAUGUCGGAAGGGCGCACACUAGCUGGACUAGGCAAAGUGUGUGUGUGUGUGUGUGACGGAGAUGUGGUCUGACACAGCGGAGAGCAGACUGUCUGAAGCUGUGAGGGCCACCUGCAGACAGCCAAGUCCAACAGCCCUCUGAUCUUCACUGGUCCUGACCACACAGGCACACACGGAGCUCAGGAAUGGAGGAGACUGUUUGGGAGCAGUACACUGUGAACCUACAGAGGGACUCCAAGAUGGGGUUUGGUAUCGCUGUGUCGGGGGGGCGGGACAACCCCAACGUGGAGAACGGCGAGACAUCAAUCAUCGUGUCAGACGUUUUGCAGGGAGGACCAGCUGAUGGACUACUGUUUGAAAAUGACCGUGUGAUCCAAGUCAACUCCAUCCUCAUGGACAACGUGCCUCAUUCCUUCGCUGUGCAGCAGCUACGCAAAUGUGGGAAGACCGCCAAGAUAACAGUGAAGAGACCUCGGAAGGUGGCUCUCCACUCCCUGAAACACCCUCCCUCUCCUGGCGCCGAGAGUCGAGACUUCGGCUCCACCCGCUACUACGAUGCCGAUGACAACCAGAGUGACGGGGGCUGGCAUCGUGGCAACGGUGGUCCUGGUUACAACCGCGAGCCUCGCGACCUCACCCCUGACAACAAGAGCUACCUGGACCCCGACUACGGCGGCCAUGGUAACCGAGGGAGAAGCCGGGGGAGGAGCAAGGAGAGGGCGUCGCAGAGCCCGGAGCCUCACCGCGACAACAGCAGGGGGCGGGCCUUGGACCGGGAGCCACCCAGUCCCGAGAGGCCACGGUAUCCACGGGAACGCAGCCGGGGGAGGAGCACGGACCGGGAGAGAGGAGGGGGAGGAGGAAGUCCAGGUGGGAGGAACUACAGCCGGGGAGACAGCUACGAGCGAGGAGGGGGGCGGUACGGCGAUGGGGGAGGUACCGGGGGGAGGAUGGUGAAGAGUAAGAGUAGAGACCACCUCCAUGAGCCGUCCCGAUCGCCCUCCCCUGACCUCCCCCGAGGAGGAGCUAGAGACCUGGAGCCCUUGGAGAAACCUGUUAACGUCCUGCUGGUCAAGAACAGACCCAACGAAGAGUAUGGUCUGCGUCUGGGCAGUCAGAUAUUCAUCAAGGAGAUGACCAGUACAGGACUGGCUGCCAAGGACGGAAACCUACAGGAGGGAGACAUCAUCCUCAAGAUCAAUGGGACAGUAACAGAGAACCUGUCUCUGAACGAUGCAGGGAAGCUCAUAGAGAAGUCUAGAGGAAAACUCCAACUGGUCGUCCAGAGAGACCGCCGCCAGAUCCUCAUCCGUAUCCCGCCCCUCGUAGACUCCGACUCCGAACCUGAUGAUAUCUCAGAGAUGGAGUCCUACUCCCCACAGGAGGACCGUAGAUCUCGCCAGUCGGACCUAUCCUCCCACUCCUCCAACGAGAGAGAGAACCCCAGACCUCUAACCAGCCUGGAAGACUCUCCCAGGGUAGCCAAGAUGUCUGCCAUGGCCUCGCCCUUUAGGGUGCCCCCCCUACAGGACCCCCACGCCCCGGGCCCUGCCCCCGUCCCGGGCCCUGCCAUCCUGGACUCAGAGGGGCUGCCACGCCUCGACGAGCCACCAGAUGUGUUCAUGUAUUGUUUACCAGCGUCAGCAAAGACCACUCCUAAGAUUCUGCUACGCCCCAGCCCAGAGGAUGAAGAGCUCUAUGGCGCUAACACAGUGAUGGUGAGUUUCCAGAAGGGGGACAGUGUGGGUCUGAGGCUGGCGGGGGGUAACGAUGUGGGCAUCUUCAUCGCUGGCAUCCAGGAGGGCAGUCCUGCCGAGGAGGAAGGGCUACGCACCGGAGACCAGAUCAUGAAGGUGAAUAGCGUGGACUUCCGAGGCAUCGUGAGAGAGGAGGCUGUUCUGUUCCUGUUGGAGAUUCCUAAAGGAGAGGACGUCACCAUACUGGCCCAGAGUAAACCUGAUGUCUACAAUGACAUCCUGGUGUCUGGUCGUGGAGACUCGUUCUUUAUCAGGACUCAUUUUGAGUAUGAGCGGGAGGCUCACCAGAGCCUGGCCUUCUCCAGAGGGGAGAUCUUCAAGGUGGUGGACACUCUCUACGAUGGCAAGCUGGGCAACUGGCUGGCCAUCCGCACCGGCAAGGACAAACAGCUGCUGGAGAAAGGCAUCAUCCCCAAUAAGAGCAGGGCUGAUCAGAUGGCGAGCGUCCAGAACUCCCAUAAGGCUGCUGGGACGGACCGCGCCGACUUCUGGCGUCUGAGAGGUCAAAGGGCAGCCAAGAGGAAGGAGCUGAGGAAGAGCAGAGAGGAUGUUGGUGCUACGCCCGUCGCCACACGCUUCCCUGCUUACGAGAGAGUCGUGCUCAGAGAGGCUGGUUUCAGACGUCCUGUGGUUCUGUUUGGUCCUAUAGCUGAUGCAGCCAAUGACAAGCUGGCCAGCGAGCUGCCUGACCUGUUUGUCAUCGCCAAAACUGAGCCUAAAGAUGCUGGGUCGGAGAAAUCCUCAGGAGUGGUGAGACUUAACACCAUCCGCCAGAUCAUCGAGCAGGACAAGCAUGCCCUGCUGGAUGUGACUCCCAAGGCGGUGGACACUCUGAACUACACCCAGUGGUACCCCAUCGUCAUCUUCUUCAACCCAGACAAUAAACCAGGGGUUAAGGCCAUGAGGCAGAGGGUGAUACCUGGGUCCAACCGCAGCGCUAGAAAACUAUAUGAACAGGCUGUCAAACUGAGAAAGACCUGCUCUCACCUAUUCACUGCUACUAUUGAUGUGAACUCGGCCAAUGAUGCGUGGUACGGCAGUGUGAAGGACUCUAUCAGGGAGCAGCAGACUCAGGCUGUGUGGGUGUCUGAGGGGAAGCUGGACGGGACGGAGAUGGACCUUGAUCUCCAUGACGACCGCAUGUCUUACCUGUCAGCCAUGUCAGCCGACUACCUGAGCAUGGACAGCCGAUUGGCCAGCGACUACGAUGACACGGCGGACGAGGGCGGGGCUUACACGGAUAACGAGCUGGACAACGAGCCGGCUGACCAACUGCACGUAUCCGCUAUCAGCCGCUCCUCUGAGCCCGUGCUGGCAGAGGAGAUCCUGCGCAGGUGCAGUCCAGAGAUCCGUGGUGGCGUCAGGAGGGUGGGCAGCAGUGCCAGCCCACCUCCAGCAUUUGUACCUGACCCCCCCAAGGUAAAGCUGCUGUUCAGGGACGAGGUAGUCCCUCCCAGGGGGGUUAUAGGGUCGUACGAGCCCCCCUCCAGCCGAGGCUACGACUCCCACUCCUCCAGCCCUGCCAGCGACCCCCCUCCUCUCCCUCGCACCCUCAACUCCUUCGGCAAGGCCAAGCCCCUGGCACCUCCCCCCAUCGCCCUCAAACCCUCCUAUAAUACCCAGGACACCACCAGCAGCACAGCCCCAUACACAACAGCCUUUAGGGGCCCGGAGCAGCCAGGGGAGAGCCUUGAGGACCCCAGCCUCAAGUCGUUCCUGGGGAAGAUCAAGGCCUUUGAGAAGAUGGACCACUUUGCACGUGCUCAGAGGAUGCUGGAGCUGCAGGAGGCCCAGAACGCCAGGUUGGAGAUAGCUCAGAAGCACCCAGACAUCUAUGCUGUCCCUGUGAAGACCCAAAAACUGGAUCACAGCCGGCCUCAGCCUAUAGGUUCCAGCUCGCGUCCCGAGCCCCAGACCCCUCCCUCCAAGCUGCCAUACUCGGAGAGUCGUGGGUUCUACCCCAGCGAAGAGGAAGAGGAAGAGUGCCGACGCCAGCUGGCAGACCACACCAAGAGAGGCUACUACCAGACCAACAACCAGAAAUACCAGGACACAGAACUGUAGACUACACUACCAACAACCAGAAAUACCAGGACACAGAACUGUAGACUACACUACCAACAACCAGAAAUACCAGGACACAGAACUGUAGACUACACUACCAACAACCAGAAAUACCAGGACACAGAACUGUAGACUACACUACCAACAACCAGAAAUACCAGGACACAGAACUGUAGACUACACUACUAACAACCAGAAAUACCAGGACACAGAACUGUAGACUACACUACUAACAACCAGAAAUACCAGGACACAGAACUGUAGACUACACUACUAACAACCAGAAAUACCAGGACACUGACUGAAGUGUAGCACUACUACACGCCCACCUACCACCCUACCACACUAAACUGUAGUGCCCCUUCUCUCCUGGAUCCCCGAAUACCCCUUAAUACCCUAUAGUAACAAGAAACAGGGCUGGUUGACAGAGACACCCACACACUGCUGAGCCCUGCUCUGAUUGACUCAGCUCAGCGCACAUGAACACACUCUCCAUUCCAGCGGGGCUCCGCCCCCCUCGUCUGACCCUGCACCAAUCCGCUGCUGACUCGGAAGCCGGCCCGUUUUAAGUUUGACUUAAAACCGCUUUUUUGCUGCAAAAGUUGGAUAGUUACCUCACUGUCUCUGUUAUUAUUCGUGUUUAAUUUCUAUUUGCUUGUUUGGUUGAGUUCUUUUGUUACACCGAUCUGUGUUAAUGUUAUGAUACAUUUAAUCAGGAACCACGUUAUUUCUUGCCUAUGCAACUCCUUCAGUUUGCUUCCUGCAGAGCAACUGAAACCUUUUGCCACGAGUUCCUCUCCGCACUCCACGAGAACCUCAAACCUUACGAGUUCUCCUUACGAGUAGCUUCUCAUCACCACUCCUUCCUUUUGUACUACAUCCAAUAUUAUAACCAGCUGUCUCCAAACUAUUUUAAAAGGUCACAUAUAUAUAUAUUAUAUUAUUAUAUAUAUACAAUGUC